AUGAAACCUCGGGAUUUAUGGCUUUCACUAGUAUUUAUCAUCAUUCGAUGCUCUUUCGUUCUUUUCGCACAACAACAGAAAUCACAAAACGCAAAUCAUUUUGAGUGUCGUGUGGACGAUCCAUUAGCUUGCGAUCAAAGUAAGUAUGAAGUAUGUACAUUCCGUAAUGGUGCCUAUACCUGUCAAUGUCCGCAAAAUAUUGGUCGAACCGCAGAUGGACGAUGUAUUGUAAUAAAUGAAUGUGCUGAGCCACGUCUUAAUGAAUGCCAUCAAAAUGCGACAUGUAUUGAUCAGACUGAAGGUUAUACAUGUCGAUGCUUAAACGGUUUUGCUGAUAUAUCAGAGAAUCCAAAAGUUAAACCAGGUCGAAUAUGUCAAAGAGAGGUGAAUGAAUGUGCUAAUCCGGUCAAUUAUAAUGUUGAUUGUUCCAAAAAUGCUAAAUGUCAAGAUACAGCGGAAAGUUUUAUGUGUAUUUGCAAUUCAGGAUUUACGGAUAUCAGUGCUCAUUACUCUCUAUUACCUGGACGAAAGUGCGUGAAAGAUGUUGAUGAAUGUAGCAGUGGUGGUAUAAAUGAUUGCGCAACAAAUGCUGAAUGCAUCGAUCAACCAAUUGGGUAUAUUUGCAAAUGCAAAGAAGGAUUUGUGGAUGCAAGUCCAAAUAUUACCCAUUAUCCAGGUCGUCAAUGUAUUGCGCCGAAAGAUCCCCAAUAUAUCAAUAAAGCCAAAUCCCAACAAACAGAAUUUCCAUGUCAUCCAGUAUUUAAACCAACUUGUUCAAUGAAUCAAGUAUGUUCAAUGGAUGAUCAAGGCAUGCAUUCAUGUCAAUGUUCGCCAUCCAGCAUUUUAACUCCUAAUGGACAAUGCAUAACAUUCAAUCAUUGCAAAAAACAUAAUGACUGUGAUUUGGUUGCAAUCUGUUCGAAUACAUAUGAUGGAUAUAAAUGUCAAUGUCCACCAGGAUUCUUAGAUACAUCACCUGAUCCUUUACGAUUACCAGGAAGAAAAUGCACUCAAUUAAUUAAUGAAUGUGGCACAAAUAAACAGGAUUGUUCACCGUACGCUACGUGUAUCGAUACGUUAGAAUCAUAUCUGUGUCAAUGUAAUGCUGGAUUUACGGAUGUUUCCUCACGUUAUGGUUUAAAACCUGGACGACGCUGUGCCCAGUCUAGGAAUCACUGUGCUAAUCGAUUAACAAAUUCAUGCGAUGAAAAUGCGGAUUGUGUAACACUACCGGAUGGUUAUACUUGCAUUUGUGCUGCCGGAUAUUUCGACGUUUCCAGUAAUGCUAAACUACCACCUGGACGCGUAUGUACUUUACAUACUAAAUGCCCAGCUCAAUCAACAGAUCUUAUUUUCCUAAUCGAUGGAAGUGGUUCAAUUGGUUCGGAUGUUUUUCAUAAAGAGGUGCUUCGUUUUGUAAAAGAUUUCAUCGAGUUAUUUGAUGUUUCCCCGCAACAAACUCAUGUAGCUGUAUUACAAUACUCGGAUAUUAUUAAACAUGAAAUCGACUUGAAUCAAUAUUCAUCGAUAAAACAAUUAAAACAAGCUAUUGAUAACAUCGAAUAUUUGACAGGUUUAACAAGAACCGGUGCAGCAAUAGAACAUGUUGCUAAUGAAGCAUUCAGUGAACGUCGUGGUGCUCGACCGCUUGGUAGCGGAGUACCACGGAUUGUUAUUGUUAUAACAGAUGGACGAUCACAAGAUGAUGUAAUCAUACCUGUACAAAAUGCAAAAAUGAAAAAAAUACAGUUUUUUGCAGUUGGUGUUACUAAUCACGCGUUAGAUGCCGAAUUAGAAUCAAUUUCUGGAUCAAAGAAGCGAACAUUUCAUGUGAAUGCAUUUGAAGAAUUAAAUGCUCGCUUGCGAAGUGCAAUUCAAAAAGUUACUUGCCCGAUCACUAGUUCACCACCUGCUGCUCCGCUAGUAUUUCAACAUAUUUCAUUAAUAUUGUUUGUACUGUUUAUAAAAAAACAUCAUCGAACAAGAUCUGCUUCGCUGUUGACAUUCUUCUUAUAUGCUGCAUUCGUUAUGGGCACAGAAGAGAAUUGCGUUUUGCAAACUCAUGCAGGAUGCGAUCGAUCGCUAAACCAAAUAUGUGUAAUGAAAGAUGGAAAACCUUGUUGCGUUUGUCCAACAAGAUUUGAACUACAUCCAAUUACACGGGUUUGUGGUGGUAUUUUAUGUAAUCCACAACUUAUUUCAUCAUGUCCAAGUCCUGAAGUAUGCCUGUUAACACCACAUGGGAAUUAUAGAUGUACAUGUCCACUUUAUUUUGUAAGAGAUCAGAAGUCCGGUGCUUGCACAACUAAACAUGUACCAUCAGUGCCUGGAAUAAUACCAAAUAUAGAUGAAUGUGGACAAAAUAAACCGUGUGGAAAAAACGAACACUGUGUGACGUCUUCAUCCGGAAAACGAAUCUGCCAAUGUCUGCCUGGUUAUGUGACUAGCUCAAAUGGUAAAUGUCACGCAAGCGGAACAUGUGAGCCAUAUUUGCCAAAUUCUUGCGAUCAACGAAGACAUGAAGAGUGCCUUCCGGAUAAUCGUGGAGGAUUCAUUUGUCAAUGUGCCGCUAAUCAAAUCCGGCAUCCUAUCACCGAGAUUUGCUUGGUGGAUGAGUGCGCUGCCGGAAUGCAUGAUUGUGACAGGAAUGCGAAUUGCAUCGAUACGGAUGAAGGAUAUAUUUGUACAUGUAAAGAAAGCUAUAUCGAUGAAAGUCCAGAUCCGUCUCAAAAACCCGGAAGAGUUUGCCGAUUACAGACUGAUGAAUGUGCUCAAGGUACUCACAAUUGUUCAGUAAAUGCAGAUUGCAUUAAUUUGCCAAAAGGAUUUUUGUGUAGAUGUAGAAGUAAUUACGUAGACUUCAGUCCAAAUCCACAAUAUUUUGGUGGCACAAAUUGUAAACCAUUAGUGGAUGAAUGUGCCAACAGAUCAUUAAACACAUGCAGUAAAAAUGCUAUUUGCAUUGAUACGAUGGAGAGUUACAAAUGUCAAUGCAAGAAAGGUUUCAUUGAUCAUGACGAAUUUCGAAAUCCGGGAAGAAUCUGUGAAGAAGCAAAUCGCCUCUGUGUAUCAAACCAAAACGAUUGCGAUAAGAAAGCGAAAUGUAUCCAGAAAGGUAUCAACGAAUAUAUCUGUAUCUGUGAUCCUGGUUAUAUUGAUAAAAGUCCUGAACCAAAUAGGCCAGGUCGUAUUUGCUUGGAACGUAUCUGCAGUGAUCCAUCAAAGCACGAUUGUCAUCCGGCUGCUGUGUGUACAGAAGUUCCAAAACCGGAACGUUAUAUAUGUUCAUGUCGUAAUGGUUAUAUCGAUAUGAAUCCGAGCAAGCCUGGAAGAGUUUGCAAAGAAUUGGUAAACGAAUGCUUGGAUCCAUCAUUAAAUGAUUGUGAUCCAGCGGCUACAUGUAGUGAUUUGAAAGAAGGAUAUACAUGCACUUGUCCACCCAAUUCCAACGAUCUUUCUACGGGUAAUUAUCCAGGACGAAAAUGUUCCAUUUUGGUGAACGAAUGUGCAAAUCCACAUUUGAACAACUGUAGUCGUUUUGCGGAUUGUAGAGAUCGGGAAAAGGGUUACGAAUGCAUUUGCAAAGCUGGUUAUCGUGAUAGAAAUCCGGCUAAACCGGGAACAGAUUGUAAAUUGAUAAUAAAUGAAUGUGAAUCACAAAAUUUGAACAAUUGUGAUCAAAAUGCAAAAUGUAUUGAUACAGAAGAAGGAUUCAUUUGUCAAUGUAUCCCACCUUAUAUCGAUCAAAAUCCAUCGCAACCUGGUACCAUUUGCCGGAGAAAAGGUUUCCCAUGCGGUGAGAUGGCUUGUCAGGAAGAACUUAAUGAAAUUUGUUCGGAGAAUCGAUUAUGCGUUUGUCCGCCUGAACAGAAACGUCCAGCUCAUGGAGAAAAAUGCCGUCCGGUUGAAUCUUGGUCUCUACCUUUAUGGGUUAUUCGUCAGAAUAAUGAAGAAUUAAAUUACAACGAUAAUUUGGCAAAUCCACGAAGUGAUCGAUACAAGGAACUGGUAACCUCAUUCGAAAAAGGUAUUGCUGAAAGCUAUGCAAAUACACCACUCAGGAAUGGUUUCGUUGUUGCUGAUGUAAACAAAAUCACUCGGCCAAGUGAUUUAGUCAAGCAGUGGGAUAAAGGAAUUUUGUACAAUUUCACGGUUAAUUUCAUACGCGGCAGUGUUGCAUCACCUCCUAGCGUUUUUACCGAUCUUUUGAACUAUAUUACUCAACGGAACAAUUUUGAAGUUGGUAAAAGCAAGCAGUAUAUUAGUCCAAUUCAAGCAAAUCCAUUUGACAAUUGUUAUAAUAGUGAUUGUCAUCCGGAUGCAAAAUGUACUUCCACACCAACCGGUUAUAUAUGUCAGUGUCCGGAUACACAUCGUGACCUAAAUCCCUCAAAACCGGGACGUGAAUGCGUAAGCUACAUUGGUUUCAACGAAUGCGAACGUAAAGAAUGGAAUGAAUGUGGUGAGCAUGCUCGAUGUAUCGAUCAAGACCAUCUGUACAGAUGUGAAUGCAUAAAACCAUAUGUUAAUGCAGCACCACCAGGAAAAUUGCCGGGUUCAGUGUGUCGUAUCGAUUAUUGUUCUGAUGUGAACUUUUGUCCUGCAAAUACCACUUGUCAAAACGAAGAAUCAGGGGCUGAAUGCGUUUGCAACGAAGGCUACGUGGAUCUUCGACCUAGUCCAUAUCGAGAUCAACUUCACUACCCGGAAAAUGUGUACUGCCUACUGCUACAGGAUGUCGACGAAUGUGCUCUUGGUCUUACCAACUGCAGUGCAGUAGCAGUUUGCACUAAUCUGCGAAUUGGCUACAAAUGUCGUUGCCCAGAUGGAUAUGUCGAUGGUAAUCCGAAUGAUCCGGGUCGAAUAUGUGCAGCACAGUUAUGCGGCUUAUGUAAUGGACACGGUGAUUGCAUUUACAAUGAAGCAACUAAAAAUGUAACAUGUUCAUGUAUCGGUGAUUAUACCGGAGAAUUUUGCGAGAUUGAACCAUCCAAGACACUCUUGUUACUCUUUCUGAUUCUGGCUACCCUACUUUUACUCCUAUCACUAUGCUUUUGUUUAUAUUUCUGCUCGAAGCUCAGAUGCUUCCGACGAAGGCGAGAAACAAGUGUUGGAAGUGGUCGAGAGAUUCUCAGUUCCGAUUACUAUUCUAUUCCACGAGCAAAACUAAAACGACGUGAGGUAGAUGAGACCGUUCCAGCGGAAGCAAGUAGCCGUCAGUUGCAACGUUACUUGGAUGACGGAGGUUCUAUUUCUGGUGAGUCAUCCGGUUCAUCAGUUCAAUUCGAAAGGCGAAUUAUCACCGAUAUUACAACGCACGAAAUCAAAAAAACUAUUUAUCAUGAUCCAGAAACUGGACAAGCAAUUUACGAAGUCACUGCCACAGCUAGCAGUAGUGCAGGUGAUGGUGGUCAUUCACAGUUUCUGCGACCACCGAUUGAAAUCGAAUCCGAGCAACAAGCAGGAGAGACUGAACGUUUCGCGCGUUCUUCAGAUUCAGUACCACAGACUGAGUCAAUGUCACGAACAGGUGGAAGCAGAAGAGGUACAAUACGUGAAAGCGGAUCACGUGAGUACACAUCUACCCGAACUACUCGUCAAAUGGCAGAUGAUUAUGAUAAAAAAGAACCAUAUAGUCAAGAAGAAGAAAUUGAUGGUGCCGUCUUUGAUAGAACCACUAAGCUUUCUACGCGACAUGAUUUCGUGCCAGCGGAACAUGGACAGGGUGGAACAGAACGAAGGCGCAAUGAAUUAUCCACUACAACAAAAUCACAUGAGACAAGUUACUAUUAG